AUCGCUAUGGAAGACAUGAGUUGUAGGAACCAACACAACCUAACUGCUUCAGCAGCUUAGACUUACAUGAGUGUAUAUACUUUCAGGAUCCUGUAGAUCCUGGCCUUAACAAGUGAAAAGAAGCCACCGAGCAGUCAUUCUUACAGAGGACUGGAUGCAGGAUUUUUUGAAGGACAAUGCCAUUAGGACCUUUACCUAUUUGUCAAUGUCCCAUCUACUUAAAUGGAACUCAGAAUGGGGCUGAUUUGAAUCCCUACUCACACAGGUUCUUUAGUGACUGUCCUCACGAAAAAUUUGCAAAGAAAGUCAGAUGUCUCCUCUGUGGACAAAGUUGCCAUUCUUUCUCCCAAUCUUCUAGAUUUGGGCAUGACACCAAGAAGCAAGAAUUGUAUCUUUCAGGGAAUGACAUUCUAGUACUGCCUGAAGAGAAUGCCAGUUAUAUUGAUUCUUUUCCAAGCUGUCAGCCUGGCUCUGAGGACAGUGCAUUGUCUGAUGAUGCCUCUAGUCAGGUCAAUCCUCAGAGAUACCAAGCUGUCCAAGAACUACUGAAACAGUUUUCUGGGAACAAGCAAGAUCAUCCCCAUGAAGUGUCUUCAGGAUACUUUAAGGAAGAGGUGGUCAUUAAAUUCAGAAGAGCUCUUUAUUUUUCUGGUCUUCGGGUGUUAUAUGUCAAGGGUGGUGGAUUCCAUAGGCACAUUUCAGCAGAUUACUUCCUGAGAAACCCAAAAUGUCUACAGCGAUUAAUCCCAUGGCUGAAACGUGAGCUGAUAGCUAUUUUUGGUGACUAUGGAUACACAGCAAAAAAUAUCCUCACAAUCAUCCUCCAAAAUAUGACAGAGUAUGAUCUAGACAGUCAGACUUUUUCUGAAAUCUUGGGACCCUAUCUCUUGCAAUACAAUGAACAUUUCUUACAUGAGUUCAUAAGUUUUGCUCGAUCACCUUUUAGCAUGAAAACGUAUGACCAGCGAGCCAUUUAUGAGUGUCCUUCUCCUUCAAAUGGAAGAGGAAAUCUAUUCACUAUCUCACCUACUAAUAACAAAUGGGCUUUACCAGCAUUGGAAAAUUAUUCAGAGAUGGCCAAAACCAUUCAUGACUCAUGGAAUAAAGGAGCGUUGCCUCACUCAAGCUCAAAGCAUAACAUGACAUCUGAUUCAUCUUCUAUAUCACCUGAAGGAAAUCUAGAAGAUCUUGAUAGGACCAGAAAUAAACAUCACCUUAGGACCCCAACUAUGUCAGAGUCAGGAGACAGCAAAGAUGUGACUUCAUCACAGAGUUGCACCCACAUUGCUCAUCUUAAAUCAUUGGGUGAGGAUUCCAUAAGAUUGCUAGAACCACCAUCUGACAGCAAGAAAUAUACUUCUGAAGGAAAUACAGAAGAGAGGAAGCUUCAGCUUGAACAGGACAAGUGUUUAGGAGAUAAUAAAGCUAAUUACUCUGUAUCUGAUAUUUCAUCUGCCUCAAAUUCUAGCCCAAGAGAAAAAAAAUUGUUGGCCCUUAGUCAGCCAAUGAAAACCCAGGAGAAAGAAUCAGAAAAAAACAAAAAUCCAGAUUCCCUUGAUAAAAUCUUUCAAAGAAGCCCACCCAUGAUGAAGGAAACACAACCACCCUUAUCUGGAAACUCAUCCCAAAUGAAAGACCAAACUUGGAGUUGCAAUUCAGAGAAAGUCUAUUCUCAUAGAAGGCCCAUUCAGAAAGGCCAGAGAAAUCAGGCCUUCAGGAAGGAGACAUUGAAGUGUCAGCUAUCCUGCCAAGAUGGAGAACUAAGUUCACACCCCUACAGAAGGCUGAAAGGUACACAGAUCAGGGACUAUAAGAAUUGUUUUAAACAAAGGCUACCUCAAAGCAGUGAGGACAAAUCAUGUUCGUCCCAUCGCCCUAAAAAGAGAAGAUCAAGAAGUAGAGAUCACAGUGAUAGGGGCCUGAGAAGAAGCUAUACAAGUGAACCUUUAUUAACCAUAUGCUGUGAAGUUCAGGAAGAUGAUAAAGGAGAUUACCUAUCUUUAAGGAGGGUUGUUCUAGCUAACCCAAGAGAGUUUAUUAGUGCUAGGGGUACAGACCAAAAUCUUUGCAACAGAGAAAAAGCUUUUAGAGUGAAAAGCCCCAGCAUCUGCCUCCAUCCUGAGACUCACAGACCAAACUGUCAGUGCAUGAGGAGGUCAGGAACAGUGCGUGUAGGAAGUAUCUCAUCACACCAUGAAAAGAUGGGUAAGAAAAGAAGAUUCAAAUGCCAAUGUUCAGAGAAGGAAAAUAACAAAACAAUACCUAACUCAUUGCCUGCUCCAGUUAAGAUGCACCAAAUACAGCAGUCUACAUCCUGUUACAGAAUGGGGCUCCCUAAACAAUUUUUCAACCGUAUAUCCCAAGCUUUCAAAGAUGCCAUGGGUUGUAUUAAAAAGAUACAUGAAAAAUGUGACCAGAAAGUUGAAGGCAAAGAUUAUUUUGGUAGCAGAAUCUAUGAGAACAAACCGUUCUUAGAAAGAGAACGUAUUAACCAACAGAGUAAGAAUGACUGAAGGGACUUACUACAUCAUUUUGUCAUUGGAAUUAAGCCCAUUUUAUUUAGUUAAAAGAAUAAAAAAUACAUAACAUGUGCUUAUUUUAAAAUGACCCUUAAAAUGUGUGAUAUACUUAAAUUCUAAAUUGGUUAAACCAUUCUUAGAGGAUUAAACAAUAUAUAUUGGCUGAGCCUUUUACUUUGAUUAAUAAGAAUAUUAACCAGCCAAAUAGAAAACCAGAGGAAAUAAAGCAAGAAGAAUUGUAUAUGCUUAUUAAAAUAAGAAUUGUAAUU